AUGGACCCAGCAGCGGGCAGCGGCAGCCGGUCAGAGUUCUGGCAACUGGCUUGGGCGAGAUUGCCGCCCGCCAAAGUUCAGGAACUGCAGGCUUUGUCAAAGGGCCAUAAUGCGCCCGCUUCCUCCAAUCAAGACGUCGACGAUAUUCUAGAAUUGGCUAGGGAACAGAAAGUGGCUUGCGAAAGUAAAGAAUGGAUAUUAAAGCUGGGUUCACGAAGUCUCAAAAUACGAACUGGUCUCUCAAAUAUCAUCGAUUGGCUUCAAAAGUUCAAGGAGGUCGGCGACAUCGCCGUCAAUUUUGACCCUGUUCAUGCGGCGCUCCCUUGGGCCGCUUUUCGACUUCUCUUGCAGGCAGCCACUACGGAUCGGGAUUCCAUGGAGGCCAUUAUCACUGUUCUGGAGCUUGUUGGCCGCAUUAUUCAGCAUGGGAGAGUAUUUGAACAAUUACACAUCUUGGCCUCCGAGAAUGCUCACGACGACGACGAGGUCCUAGACGGGUUAAAGAAAACCGUGGUUGACCUAUACUUAGCCGUUUUGAAGAGUUUGGUCUACUGCUGUACUCGGCUCAGCCAAAGUACUGGGCGCCGCUCCUUGAGCGCAUUUCUGAAACCCCAAGAGGCCGAGGCUAUAAGACAGAAGUUGACGAAACGUUGGAAUAUCGUCGAAGACAACGCACGAUCCCUAAGAGGUCUUCGCAUUGUACAAACAUUUGCCGAAAUUAAAGGUCAUCUUCCUGAAGUUUUACAAACUCUGAGAGACCUUAAAGAUGUCUCCAAGAUUCUGGUCAAGAUGGAAGAGAAUGAACUCUUUCGAAUACUUGACAAUAUUUCAACGAUCCGAGUCGGAAGUCAGCAUAAAUCGGUACAUGAUCGCAGGACGAAGGGCACUGGAGAAUGGCUCAUUCUAGCUCCGGAAUUCCAAGAGUGGGAGACAGACGAAUAUUGUCCAAUUACUUUGCUAUAUGGCUCACCGGGAGCUGGCAAGACUUUCUUGAUAUCUCGAGUCAUCGACCACAUCAAGGAGCGGCUUGAGGGUAGUGAGUCGAACUGUGGAUUGGCAUAUUUUUAUUGCGACCGCAAUGACAUCGAACGACGGCAACCGAUUACCAUUUUAAGCAGUCUCGUUCGCCAGCUGGCUUCGCCUAUUGGGAGAAUCGGCGAAGUCCAUCAGUAUAUCAAGGAGCUCGACAAAAAACUUCGAUCCGAGUGCUUAAAAAUGGACCUAAAACUAUGCCAGGAUACAUUGGCACAGCUUGCGGCAUCUUAUCAAUGCUCCUCAAUCGUGCUUGAUGCACUGGAUGAAUGUGACGAGGAAACCAGAAGCCAACUCAUGGGCUGUCUAAGCGAGAUUUUGUCACAAUGCCGAAAUCUAAAGGUUUUUGUCUCGAGUCGGAUGGAGUACGACAUCAAGCAAUACUUCAACUCCCAGCCAACCAUAACGAUCUAUGCGACGGACAAUGAGGACGAUAUUGAGUCAUUUAUCCGAGAAAAGCUCACAAGCGAUGUCCACUGGAACAAUUUAGAUAGAGAACUUCGAGAAGAAGCUCAAUCUACAAUCUUGGCAAAGAGCGACGGCAUGUUCCAGUGGGCUAACCUACAGGUUCAAGAGCUUCUCAGAAUAAAGCACCUGAGUAACAAGGCGAUAAGGGAAUGCCUUCGCACUUUGCCAGCCACUCUCGAUGAGACAUACGGGAGAAUCUGGGAGAAAAUAAACAAACAGAACCCAUCCGAUCGGAAAAUUGGCAGACGCGCUAUCAAGUGGGCUCUCAGUAUCAACUUGGCCGACGACACGAGAUCGGCAUUUCUAGAAGCCCUAAGGGUCGACGACGAAACAGAGAGCCUCUACGACAUUGACGAGACGCCGCCUGUCCGAGCCAUCGAAGGAGCUUGCUACAAUCUCUUAGUUCAUGAACCAGUAGUACGGAGAUGGCGAUUUUGUCAUCUGUCCGCAGCAGAAUACAUGGAAUCAACAAUCAUGUCUGAACUCCAGCCACAUCGUGAUGCCGCGAUAGCAUGCCUCAAACACCGUCUUGAUGGAGUAGAUUCGAGAUCCAGACCUUCCUUUAUUCUUGAUACGGAUGAUUUCCCCUCAUAUUCUCGUCGGAAUUGGCAUUACCACGUGAAACAUUAUCACGAUAGCUCAGCUACGAAGCACCCACAGCUGGAGCACCUCAUCGAGCGGUUCUUGGGUUCAGCAACUCAAAGUGGGAGAAUGUAUUCUAUUUGGGCGCAUGAAACGGGGCUACCUGAUUUGCAGCCAUCAUCGUCGCCUCUUUUCGGGAUCGUCAAAUUCGGCUUAUGCAGGGUGUUGAAGGAUUGGUACGACCAUGACUCAAGCAUUGAUCUCGACGUACAAAAUGAGGAUGGUCAUUCUCUGAUUGGCUUAGCGGCGAGAGAAUGCCAUUUCGAUCUUUGCCGAUUCCUAGUUGCAAAGGGUGUGAACAUCGAAGCAGGGACACGAAGCCCCCUUUCUCUCGUGUGCUCUUAUAGCUCAUUGAUACGGAGCUCACCUCCCAACGGAGUGAAAAGAAGGCGGCUGGCCAGGCCAGAAGAAACGGAUGAAACAGUGAAAGACAUGGCAACAUUUCUUAUCGAUAAUGGCGCAGACGUUAAUGCCCGAGACAGAGGAGGAUGGACGCCAUUAGACUUGGCCUUCAUUGAAUUAAAUGAAGAUGUAAUCCCAAUGUUAGUCAAGCACAAUGCAGAAAUCGGACACUUCACGAACAGCCUGAUAAAUGCCGCAAGGCUCGUUAAUCCGGAUUGGGUCAGGUAUUGUCUCGAUUCGGGUGCGGCAAUCCAUGACCACGAGAUAUGGGAUAACCCCUUGUUCUAUGCCAUAGUAGACAAGGCGAAACCAAUGAAGCUGCUUCUCGAGGCUGGUCUAGACGCCAACUAUAUUCCACGCGGCGAAGAUACUCUGUUGAAUAGGGCGGCUUCCAGUGGAAACCUUGAGUUGAUAUCAGUGCUGAUCAAGGCCGGCGCAAACCCAAAUCUGAAAGGGGUCAAGAAAGGGCCUAUAUAUAAAGCUACAACCGUAAGGUUCUUCAGAGGGAGUGAACUCAUCAAGAAGCUCCUUCAUAUUGGUGCCGCUAUCAACCCACCUGAAGGUAUUUCUCCUUUGGUUGGUGCUUCGUCUUGGGGAGAUGCUCUAUCCAGGAGCAAGCUCCUCCUUGAUUUAGGGGCAGAUCCCAACCACAUUCGCCAUUUCGCAUCUCCUCUCGUCUGGGCAGCAAUAUCUGGAGAAAAGGCGCUGUUUCAGCUUUUACUCAGAGCAGGUGCAGAUCUUAACAGCAAAGACGGCUUCGAAAACGCUCUUCUCAUCGCAUCAAGAUGCCCCGAGAACUCUGCUCGGCAGAGGCUCUUAGAUGCUGGAGCAGAUCCAACUCUCACCUUCGACCAGGGACCCGGGAGUGCUCUCGCCUUUGCAGCCUUCAUCGGUAACAUUGAAGCUUGUUCGUUUUUACUAAAUCAAGAACUUGGGGUCGACGUCAACGCAAAGCUGAAUGGCUGGUUCGAGAAUGUUUUGCUUGCUGCUAUUACACCAGCACAUAACAGAGGCCUUAGGGUACGUAAAACAAAGAAAACGACCUCCAAAAUUGUCUCACUUUUAUUUCAAGCUGGAGCCAACAUCCUGAUCCCUAUAUACAAAACACUACCACUUUCUCUUCCUGCGAUAAAUGUUAGGAGUCGAGAGUAUUUCGUAAGCAGUGCUAGAGCCACAUUUGGAUUUUCCAGACAUUGGCUAAGCAUCGUAUGGGAUAUAGGUUCUUCACCUAGGCCCCAUCCAGCCCUCUCCGUGGCGCUGCGACGUUAUAAACUUCCAUCUUCUAUCCCGCCCUCGGCGAGCAUACUUAUCAAAUUCACCUCAAUCUCGGCGCCUCUAUAUAUAGAAUAUGCUGGUAUCUUCAUAUUCUCUAAUGCAUCUACAUGCUUCAUAUUUGACAAAACCAAAUCAAAAUUUGUGCAUUUUGGAGAGACUCCGAUAACCGCCCAAAUUGCUGCAUUUGAAGGCACUGGAAAGAGUUGCGAGAGUCUUUUCCCUCUCAUAUCUUUCAUGAAGCCUCUACUCAAUCAGAUCAUUGGACUGGCCGUAUUCAUAGGAUUUGUCUUAUACUUCAGGUAUACAUUGCUGCGUUCUGAGUAA